AUGGUACCCGAGAUUCACGGUGACAUGCUGGGCACUAAGCCACGUCCAGACACGCAAGAUAUAAAAGUCUUAACACAAUUAACACUACACUCUGGCUUUAAAAGUUAUGGCCAGGUGAGUGAACAUGAUCAUCGAGUGCAGAGUAAACAUGAUCAUCGAGUGCAGAGUGAACAUGAUCAUCGAGUGCAGAGUAAACAUGAUCGUAGAGUACAGAGUAAACAUGAUCAUCGAGUGCAGAGUAAACAUGAUCAUCGAUUACAGAGUAAACAUGAUCAUCGAUUACAGAGUAAACAUGAUCAUCGAAUGCAGAAUAAACAUGAUCAUCGGAUCAUCGUUUACAGAGUAAACAUGAUCAUCGAUUACAGAAGUAAACUUGAUCAUCGAUUACAGAGUAAACAUGAUCAUCGAGUACAGAGUAAACAUGAUCAUCGAGUGCAGAGUAAACAUGAUCAUCGAGUACAGAGUAAACAUGAUCAUCGAUUACAGAGUAAACAUGAUCAUCGAGUGCAGAGUAAACAUGAUCAUCGAUUACAGAGUAAACAUGAUCAUCGAUUACAGAGUAAACAUGAUCAUCGAGUACAGAGUAAACAUGAUCAUCGAGUACAGA